AUGGAGCGUACACCCGCCCCCGCUUCGCAGUCGGCGGUCCCCAGACCCAAUGCGCAGGUUGAACCACAGGACUCAAGCCCAAGCACCAAAGAACAAGAGCAGAAACGCACAGCAAAUGGCAGUACAGCCAAGAUACCUCAACCGAAGCUACGGCUCCAUGUCGAAACCCUCCGUCACCCUGCAACAACCCCGUUCCUCACGCUCAUCCCCGAUAUUGCUUCAACCCUCGACACAGCCCUCCAUAACAUCGUCAAAUACCUCUACAGCUCUCCAAUCCACGCUCAAUCAGAAACCCCUUCCGCUCAAAUGACCAAACAUCCCUCAUUUACUCCUUCAAUACCACCUACCCGCUCCGUUACUCUACAUCUCCGCGACAUCGACGGGGUGGCCUACACAACGGGCACCGAGCUCGACGAUGAUCACAAAGAGAUUCACCUCUCCCUCCCAUACGUCCAGCACUGCACCAAAGGAGAUGAUCCAGCAAAGGAGCUAGUCGGGGUCCUCACGCACGAACUCGUGCACUGCUACCAGCACACUUCGCCGCCCGAGUCUGCCAAUGACAAGGAUAGCAAGAUCCCCCACCCGCCUGGAGGGCUGAUUGAAGGUAUCGCGGAUUUUGUGCGUCUCAAGGCGGGCUUGGAGCCACCUCAUUGGAAGAGACCGCAGUCGGCGGGAGAGAGAGCAGAAACGUGGGAUGCUGGAUAUCAGCACACGGCGUACUUUUUGGCGUGGAUUGAGGAUGUACGGGUUGGACGGGGUGCUGUUGGGAUGUUGAACGAUCGGCUUUUGAGGGUUGGGUAUGUAAGUGCGAAGGAAGGGGAUUGUGGUGUUGGGUUCUGGAGGGGUCUGUUUGGGGCUGAGGUUGCUGAGCUAUGGGACGAAUAUGGUGAGUAUCUUGAUGGGGGUAAAGGCGAGAAUGCGAGAGGCAAUUGGGAAGAUGAGAUCCUCAAUGCUGAAUGA